AUGGCUAAGCGUACAUUAGGAUUGGGUAAAGCAGCAAAAGCUAAGAAGCAAAAAACUGACAACGAGCCAAUUCGUAAUAGAGAUAGUAAAACUGAAGAAGAAGCAGAAACCUCAAACCAAUUGACAGUAGAGCUACCUGAAGAGGUCGAUGCCAAUGAUGAAAUAUCACAAUUGAGGGGUCUUUACAAGACAUAUAUAAACUCAAAUCGCGAUAAUGAGUUAAUAAUUAAUGGUAUCAUUCACGAAUGUGAUCGAUUGUUGCGUAACCAAGAGGAAGGUGCUUCAUUACCACCCACGUUCUACAAGAUUUAUUCAAUCGCUUUGAGCGAACUUGCCAAUUUCCACACCGAUGACGCCAAACAAAUUCAGGAAUACUUCGAGGCCAGUUUGGAAAGAGUAGAUACCGGUUUGGAGAAGCACCCCGAUGAUGUUGAGUUGUUGUUUACUCGUUCAAAGAUCUUAAUCAAUCAAAUAGUCUUGCAAUAUGUGUCGCAAUUGAAAUUGAGCAGUGAAGCUGAUGAAAAAAAUAAGGUCAAAGACUUGCUAGACACUGCUUUGAAAGUGUAUGAGCUGGCUGAGCUGAAAGCUGGUGAAUUGUCGAAGUACGAUGCUUUUAAUGAUGAGGAAUACUUUGAUAUUUUAGAGGCAGUGGAUGAUUUGUUGGAUAUUGUCGACAACUUUGGAAGAGAGGAAGUUGAAAACAAAGACGAUAAAGAGGAGACAGGAGAAAAAGGUAAGAAGGAUGAAGAAGAUGAAGAAGAUGAAGAGGAGGACAACGAAAUUGAGUUGGAUGAGACUCACCCAUUAUACCCAAUAAAAAACACAGAUGAAUAUAACCAGUGGUGGAGGGAUCACACCAUCAAAUAUCUUGAUAAUUUGAAGAAAACUACCUCACCUUCUCAAACUUUGCUUAGGGAAGUGAACCAGAGAUUGGGACAGUCCUAUUUACAAGAGUCCGAAAUUCCAACCAAUGUGUACACUACUUUGAAAUAUGAUGAGGAUUAUGCCGGGUUAGAAGAGUUAGAAGGAUUAAACAUCAUCCAAGCUCAAGAGAUAGCCAAAGACCUCAUACACAAGGCAUUGGAGCAUUUAAAAAACGCAGAAGAUAGAGACGAACCUGAAUCUUGGGUCAAUAUAGCUGAAGCUAUGAUUACUUUGGGAAACUUGUACGAAUUAGACUCAAAAGAACAGGAAAAGUUGUACGAUGAGGCAGAGACAAUUUUGAAAAAGGCCAACAAUGUCACCAAUGGAAAGUAUCAAGAUGUGUUAGAAAAUCUCCUAGGUAAUUGA